GAAAACCUGAUUCUCGCCAUCAUGGGCCGCCCAUCGGUGUCGGCAUUAACGCUCCUGACGAUGGCCCUUGCGCUGCUGAGCGUCUACAUAUCCUUCUCGCGCUUCUUCUUUCCUUCCAGCAUCCCAAGCCCCCGAGACUACACCUACCUCGGGUCCGACUUCCCCGAGCUGUGGGAGACACCCAGCCGCGAGCCUGUCGCGAUGCUCGUCCAAGAGAGCCGCGCCUACCCGAUCCAUGGCCCCGACGCGCUCGAGCGCUGGGCCACCUCCACCAGCGACGGCUUCGGCUAUGUCAGACUGGGAGAGGAGAAACGCGCAUUUGCGGUGACGAUGUUCCACGAGAUGCACUGUGUCCGGCUAAUGCGGGCCGCGCUGGAGGGGCGCUACGACGCCAUGUCCCGCGGGCACAUGCACCACUGUCUGAACUACAUCCGACAAUCGAUUCUCUGCGCGCCAGACCUGACGCUCGAGCCGGCUGACGUGCUCACUCGUGACUUCGAGCAAGACCGCAUCGGGUCCACACACGUCUGCGCUGACUGGAGCGCCUUCUUUGACGCAGCGGCGGACAACUUUGCCGCAUUCAUGGCAACGACUCCCCACACCAACUCCUCCCACACGCGAUGA